GUCACCUCUAGUCACUUCGUCUUUCAAUUGUCCUAAUCGCCAUAAAUCGAUUCACUACCUGAUCAACAGAAUGUCGACUGAUAAAAUCACAUUCUUGAUGAACUGGCACGCAACGCCAUAUCAUGCCCCUGUCUAUCUUGCUCAAAAGCUUGGAUACUUCGCCGAUGAAGGAAUCAAGGUAGCUCUUCUCGAGCCUAAUGAUCCCAGUGAUGUUACCGAGAUCAUCGGCUCCGGAAAAGUCGAUAUGGGUUUCAAAGCCAUGAUCCACACUCUUGCCGCGAAAGCUCGGGACUUUCCCGUUACCUCGAUCGGUUCCUUACUUGAUGAGCCAUUCACCGGAGUGGUUUAUCUCAAGGACAGUGGAAUUACCACCGACUUUCGCAGUCUCAAAGGAAAGAAGAUUGGAUAUGUUGGAGAAUUUGGAAAAAUCCAAAUCGACGAAUUGACCAAGUACUAUGGCAUGGAGCCAACUGAUUAUGAAGCUGUUCGUUGUGGCAUGAAUGUCUCAAAGGCUAUCAUCGAGGGAAGUAUCCAUGCCGGUAUCGGAUUGGAAAACGUGCAAAUGGUUGAACUGGAGGAGUGGCUGGCGAAUCAAGGUCGCCCUCGUUCUGAUGUUCAAAUGCUCCGUAUUGAUGAGCUUGCUGAGCUUGGAUGUUGUUGCUUCUGUUCCAUUUUGUAUAUUGCAAAUGAUGCAUUCAUUGCACAGAAUCCAGAGAAGGUUCGCAAGUUCAUGAAGGCUGUCAAACGAGCAACUGAUCACGUUCUUGGUUCUCCAUCCGACGCCUAUAAGACGUACAUUGACAUCAAACCUGAAAUGGCUUCUCCCGUCAACCGUAAGAUCUUUGAACGUUCUUACGCAUACUUUUCGAAGGAUCUUAAGAAUGUUCGACGUGAUUGGGAAAAGGUUACCAAGUAUGGUAAACGUCUUGGUGUUUUGAAUGAAGAUUUCAGUCCCAACUACACCAACGAAUUCCUCGAAUGGAAGCUUGAAGGCGAUUCGGCUGAUCCAACUGGCGACCAAAAGAGAAUGGUUGUCUUGCAACAAGAAGUCGCCGACAAUGGUGGAUUCAAGAGACUUGAUGUUAAGCUUGCUGCAUAAGAAGCUUUUUGAAGCUUAAUCCAGAAAACCCUUGGGUUCUAUUCCUAUUUUUGUAGAUUGACAGGAAACACAUUCAUUUAUACUCAUGCCAAUGCAUUAUUGCCAAUAAAAUCAAUUAAGGCUAUGCCGAGGAAUAUUCAAAGCUUUGCAUUCGUCUCGUUCAAUAUUAUGUGUAUGGUUUUUCGAUA